GGCGGCGCGGGGGGCGGCGCAGGGGGCGGCGGCGGCGCCAUGCAGCCGGGCAGUGCCGCCGUGACCUCGGGCGCCUACCGCGGGGACCCAGCCUCGGUCAAGAUGGUGCAGAGCGACUUCAUGCAGGGGGCCAUGGCCGCCAGCAACGGCGGCCAUAUGCUGGGCCACGCGCACCAGUGGGUCACCGCCCUGCCCCACGCCGCAGUCGCCGCCGCUGCCGCCGCUGCCGCUGUGGAGGCCAGCGCGCCGUGGUCCGGCAGUGCGGUGGGCAUGGCCGGGAGCCCACAGCAGCCUCCCCCGCCCCCGCCUCCGCCCCCUCAGGGCCCCGACGUGAAGGGCGGCGCUGGGCGCGACGACCUGCACGCGGGCGCUGCGCUGCAUCACCGCGGGCCGCCGCACCUGGGGCCCCCGCCUCCGCCCCCGCACCAGGGCCACCCGGGGGGCUGGGGCGCCGCCGCAGCGGCGGCAGCAGCCGCAGCCGCAGCCGCUGCUGCCGCGCAUCUUCCGUCCAUGGCGGGGGGCCAGCAGCCGCCGCCUCAGGGCCUGCUGUACUCACAGCCCGGGGGCUUCACGGUGAACGGCAUGCUCAGUGCGCCCCCUGGGCCUGGAGGCGGUGGCGGAGGCGGCGGAGGUGCGGGCAGCGCGGCGCAGAGCCUGGUGCACCCGGGGCUGGUGCGCGGGGAUACGCCCGAGCUGGCUGAGCACCACCACCACCACCACCACCACGCGCACCCGCACCCUCCGCACCCGCACCACGCGCAGGGCGCCCCGCACCACGGCGGCGCAGGCCCGGGACUCAACAGCCACGACCCGCACUCGGACGAGGACACACCGACGUCCGAUGACCUGGAGCAGUUCGCCAAGCAGUUCAAGCAGCGGCGCAUCAAGCUGGGCUUCACACAGGCAGACGUGGGGCUGGCGCUGGGCACGCUCUAUGGCAACGUGUUCUCGCAGACCACGAUCUGCCGCUUUGAGGCCCUGCAGCUGAGCUUCAAGAACAUGUGCAAGCUCAAGCCGCUGCUGAACAAGUGGCUGGAGGAGGCGGACUCGAGCACCGGCAGCCCCACCAGCAUUGACAAGAUCGCGGCUCAGGGCCGCAAGCGCAAAAAGCGGACCUCCAUUGAGGUGAGCGUCAAGGGUGCGCUGGAGAGCCACUUCCUUAAGUGCCCCAAGCCCUCGGCCCAGGAGAUCACCAACCUGGCCGACAGCCUGCAGCUGGAGAAGGAGGUGGUGCGGGUCUGGUUCUGCAACCGGCGCCAGAAAGAGAAGCGCAUGACGCCGCCUGGGCUCCAGCAGCAGACGCCCGACGAUGUGUACUCACAGGUGGGCGCCGUGAGCGCCGACACGCCGCCGCCGCCGCCGCCUCACCACGGGCUGCAGACCAGCGUGCAGUGAGCGAGCGCGGCCGCCGCGCAGAGGGCCGCCGCCGCCAGCCGCCUCCCCACCGGGCAGCUUGCGAACGCCACCGAGCAGCCCAGCCAGGCGCGCCGCUGCCUCCCCUCUGCCCAGAGACAGGCGUGCCCGCCCGUGGAGGAAAACUGGAGGGAGACUCUGGCCGAGGAGACUUUCUUUAUUUUUCUUUUCUUUUUGUUUCUUUUUUUUUCCGCAAGUCCAAGGAAGGAGGGACCAAAAAAUUUCAAAAGCAUACUACAUACUCAGACUGUUUUAUAUACAUAUAUACAAACAAAACCGGAAGAGGAAAAAAGAGGCAACCAAGAGAUCUCCUUUAUACCGUGGUGGUGUUUUGUUUUUGUUUUUGUUUUUAUUUUCAAGAAGGUUGAAGAUGCCUGACACACCAAAACUGGAGGUAUUCGUGCCGAGAGAUGCCCUGUAAGGCAGCGGUGGACAGCACCUGCCCUGUCCUGCUCGCCUCUUGGAGAGGAGAGAGCGAGCCCCCUUUCUUUUCUUCCACCUCCUCCAGAAGGGCUGCCGCGGAGAUCCACGGAAAGCGCUUUCCUGGGAGCACCUGAAAGAAAGCGGGCGCGCCACAGCACCAGGUUCCCUCGGGUCUGACCCUGGGCUACAGGACCCUGUUUUUCUUGGCCAUAUUAAAGUCAUUUGGGAACAAACCAACCAACUAUGAAAAAGGAAAGAGAGUAGCAAGAAACAGUCUCCAGGAAAAAAAAAAUCACAGUUUCUGUAAUGAACAGACUGAACAGCAAAGCCAAAAGAAAGCAUCCUCCAAGUAACCUUGGGAAUGAAAGUGUCCCGAAAGAGCGGAGGAUGGGCUGGGACAGGACACCCAGCUUUCGAGCGAGGAGACAGGCCCCGUCGGCCUCAGAGCCAGGCCCGCCGCCGCCUACCGGCUUUGCCGCUUCAGGCGCAGGGCAGACCGUGCCUAAAGAUGCCACCACUAAUAUUUUUUUUAUUAAUAUUUUUUAUUUUUUAUUUUCUGACUGACUCUGAUAAAGGGAUUUAGAGAGACUGAGCACCGCCGCCGCCCUUCCCUCACUCUGUCCUCACCUCGCUGCCAGCCUUGACUGAUGGGUGCUGUGGAAAUGAUUAUAUAAUGCUGCCCUUUGCAAGCAGUGUUUUUGGUAGGUUUUAAUAAACAGACUUUUCAAAAGACGGCAAUAUAGAAUCGUUAGAUCCGUUGUUGAUCUAAAAAUAUUUGCUUUAUAUUUUCAUUAAAUGACUUCUUUUAAUAUUUUAUUCAGAAUACCUAUGAACUGCUGCAAAACGGUAAUUUAUUUUUCCCCAGAUCUUGUAUUACGUGUUUUUUUCAGACGAGCACAAAUCAAAAUGAAAUGAAAAUAUGGACAGUUGUUAGGUAAUAAGGGUAUCUUUUGAUGUGAUCAUUUGAUUGUAAUUUAAUUUGAGUAGUGAUUCCGUACGAGCUGAUCGAGAAAAUAAAUUUGGUAGAAGGCAGUA